CGUUAAUUACUUUAGUUGUGCCAAACUUGCUGCUGUCCGCAGAAACAGAGGUUAAGGCAUCAGUCGAGCCAAAGGCAAUUACCGUUGGAGAGGAGCAGAGUGCGGUUUGUCCUCCCAAAUGAAGGGUUCGACCGGCAAGUCGCCGGCGGCGGCGCCGCCCGCCUUCCGGAACAGGUACUGGAUCCUCCGCCACGGCCGCAGCGUCCCCAACGAGCGCGGCCUCAUCGUCUCCUCCCUGGAGAACGGCACGAAGCCGGAGUUCGGGCUGGCCCCGCAGGGCGUCGAGCAGGCGCGCUCCGCCGGCGAGUCGCUCCGGAAGGAGCUUGAGGAGAUGGGUGUGCCGGUGGGCUGUGUCAAGAUCUGCUAUUCGCCGUUCUCGCGGACGACGGAGACGGCUAGAGUGGUCGCCGGCGUGCUGGGCGUCCCAUUUGAGGGUCCUAGCUGCAAGGCAACCGUAGAACUUCGUGAACGUUAUUUUGGACCAUCAUAUGAGUUGCUUUCACAUGAGAAGUAUGCAGAGGUAUGGGCGAUAGAUGAAGCAGACCCCUUUAUGGCUCCAGAAGGUGGCGAGAGUGUUGCAGAUGUUGCUAGUAGACUUGCAGGGGUGCUGUCUAUUACAGACGUGGAGUUUCAUGGGUACUUGUGCUUGCAUUACUAUGAGAAUCCAAAUGAUAUAUUUGUUUAUUCAUGUUCUGUUACAUGUAUUUGGUAUUAUACCAUUACCGAAUUCUAUAUAAAUGGCUUGCAUAAAACAAUCAAUAUAUGUCAGUUAAUAAGAAGUAAAAAAAAAUCUAUAGAGUAUAAACCGACAGGCUGUAAUUCAGUGUCCAGUGAUCUUUUUGUAAAGCAGAGUUGCAUGUCUUGCCAUGCCUUUUCAGUUUUCCAUCUACUUUGUUAGAGAUCUUAUUAUCUGGAAAGAAUGGUAAGGUUCACAAUUUGGUACAUAGUGAUAACAACUCAUACAAUUGCCUUAGACAGUCUAUUGAGUGCAGAUAAGUACUUAAACAUGAGGAACCACUAAAAAGGUUUACGUUACAGAGCUGCCUUGGCCAAGCUAUCAAUUAGUAGUCCAGAAUGCUGAAGUUCUAACAGUUCCAUGCAGAUUUGAUGCAUGACUUGUUCAAGUUACAGCUUAACAUUUCUUUAGCUGUGCUUCCUUCUGUAUAUCACUCUGGAGCUGACUUGCAUGCUGCAGCUCUGCUGUUCUUAUUGUCGGCCAUGGGGAUCCACUACAGAUCUUUCAAGCGGUACUCAGUGGAACCAGGGAAACCCCAUCUUUCCUCGACGAUGUAGCUGGCCUGAAAAAGGAAAGCCUAGUAGUUCCAUCCGUGUUGUCGCAGCACCGUAAGUUCGCACUCAACACAGGGGAGCUGCGCCGAGUUGAGUUGUGUGACCCGACGCAGAUUUGAUCCUGUACUGCUAUGUCGUAGAUAAUUCAUGUAUCCGCAAAUGCUUGUGGAGACUCUGUUGCCCCAUGCAUGAUAAGAUGGGAAAAACUGUUGUUCAAUGUUACUCCCUCCAUAGGCCCCUCUGUUGAGAAACAUUAACGCAUUAUUUUUGGUUGACCAGAUUCAAGAUCUGCUUGGAAAUAUGCAAUGUUUUGUUCUCCCUUU